AUGCAGAGCAAGCCAGAGCAGGACAGGAACCAGGAGGCGACAGUGUAUCUGGGCAACCUGGACGAGCGGUGCACCGACGCGUUGAUAUGGGAGCUCAUGCUGCAAGCUGGGCCAGUGUCGAAUGUGUUUCUGCCAAAGGACCGCGUGAGCAUGGCGCACCAGGGGUUCGGGUUCUGCGAGUUCAUCUCGGAAGACGACGCCGACUACGCGGUCAAGAUCAUGAACCAGAUCAAGAUGUUUGGCAAGCCGAUCCGCGUUAACAAGGCCUCGUACGACAAGAAGCAGAUUGAUGUCGGCGCCAACCUCUUCAUCGGUAACUUGGGCAAGGGCGUGAGCGAACAGGAGCUGUACGACACGUUCUCGCGGUUUGGAGGGAUUGCCGAGACACCAAAGGUCGCGCGCGACCCGUCGUCAGGCGAGUCCAAGGGCUACGGCUUUGUCAGCUUCCACGACUUUGAAGCGGCGGAUCAGGCGAUCGAGAACCUCAACGGCCAGUUCCUCGGCGGCAAGCAGGUGUCGGUGCAGUAUGCGUUCAAGAAGGACGGCAAGGGCGAGCGGCAUGGCACACAGGCGGAGCGUGUACUCGCUGCGCAGGCGAAGAAGCACUCGAUGAUGCUCGGAGGCGGGGCAUUCGGAGUUGGAGCCGCGCCAGCAUAUGUCCCACCUGCCGCAUCUGCGCCGGCCGCAGCGCCGGCCGCACCGCCUGUUCCUGCAGGCUUUGCCUCGUCGCAGGUCGCAGGCGCACCACCACCGCCACCAGGUGUGCCCGUGUAUGGUGGGCAGCAGUACGGGCAGCAACAGCAGUACCCCGGCUAUGAGGGGUACCAGGGCUACGAUUACAGCCAGUACGCAAACGGGGGAUACUACUAUGGUGGAGAGCAGCAGCAGCAGCAGCAGCAACAGCAACAGCAGGGCGGUGCGCCUCCUCCGCCGCCACCGCCAAUCCGCAUGGGCUUCAACCAGUAG